CAUCCUAAUGUGUGGUGGGUGGAAAAGGGUCUGGCGGUGCCCCAAGGGCACUGAAUAAUUUUUCCUCAAGAUGAUAGUAUUUCAUUUGAGUGGAGAGUAGGUAAUACUGUUAUUGGAGUUUUGAGUGUUCUACAUAGAGUGUGUGUGUGCAGUUACAAUAUAUCUUUCUAGCUCAAAGUUCACACAGAAGAAAGGGAAUGUCGAGCUUUCUGCGAUCGUUGAUGGAAAACUUAGCACCGCCAUUGAAUUCAGUUGCAGCAUUUCCCCUUCUGCUCUCCUUUCUUGUGUUGUUUUCAGUUAUCUGCCUCCUCAAGAAACGGGUCUUGAUCAAUAACCCACGUAGCACCAUGAAAAACUUACCACCAUCGCCACCAAAGCUCCCACUCAUAGGCAACCUCCACCAACUGGGCUUGUUGGCACACCGCUCGCUCCAAUCCUUAUCUCGAAAACACGGCCCCCUCAUGCUUCUUCAAUUCGGCAGCGUCCCGGUGCUGGUAGAUUCAUCCGCAGAUGCAGCCAAAGAGAUUAUCAAAGUCCAUGAUCUCGCCGUAUCAAACAGGCCAAAAAUUCGUACAAUCAAACGCCUUCUCUACGAUUACAAGGACGUGUCCAUGGUGCCUUACGGUGAACUAUGGAGACAGAUGAAGAGCAUUUACGUAGUCCAGCUUCUCAGUCACAAGAGGGUUCAGUCCUUCCGCAGCUUGAGAGAAGAAGAAACUGCUUUAAUCGUGCAGAAGAUCAGGGAGUUAGGUUCUGCGUUGCUGCCCGUGAAUUUAACCGACAUGUUUAUGGACCUGUUUACACCCGUUUUUGGCACCAAUUCUUGGACUAGCGCUGGGGGGUCAUUUAAUUAA